AUGGAUGUUGCAGUGGCUGGUGAACCUGAAAAGACCUCCGAGAUACCGGCUUGGAAUCAUCGUGAGCCUGAGACGACGGGUUGUGUCACAGGCACUGUUGACCCGAAAUUCCUUCUUUUGAAUCUUUCAGACAUGCUGCUUGACGAACCUCAGGACUAUCAAGAGAUGGAUCAGGAGUUUUUGCAGUUUUCUAAAUUCUUCAAUACCCCUCUUACGUCGGCCGACACUCUCACCGCACGAGUAACAAGUCUAUCGAACAUUCUCCAAGACUUGGCUAUCAGGAAACCUCACCUAAAAGAAGGGCUGGACCAAAGCUGCCAACGGGGUUUCUUUACAACUGUCCACUUUCAAAACGCCCUAACGUUCGCUUUCCGCUGGCGAUAUUACCACAAGUCACCUAUACACUGGCCGACUUUUGAUCCGGACAAAGUAUCACUUCACUUACUUCUCGCCGUGACGUUGACAGGAACUGCAUACCUUCAAUAUCUCGACCAAUCAUCUCACCCAUUCCUGACAACCUCGUUGCUUGAGCUCUCCGAAAAGUACAUCUUCAAGGAGCUCAGGAGAUUGACUAACCAGAAUAUUUCCCCGGUCACAUCACGUCAUAUGCUCGAGGUAUGCCAAGCAGCAGUGUUGAUGAACAGUCUAGAAGGCAGUUUCAACCACAUCGAGGGUCGCCGAAGACUUGCAGGCAAUCGGAUACCAACACUUGUUGCAUUAUUGAGAAAGUCUGGCAUGCUGAGUCUUGAACACCCGCCACAGUAUGAUACCUGGGAAGAGUUUAUUUAUCGGGAGACCUGUAUCAGGGUAUCAACGUGGACUUUUGUCAACGAUUCUUUGAUGGUUCUUUGCUGUAACAAUCCGCCCAUGAUGACGGUAAAGGAAAUGACGGGACAUCUGCCUUGCCCGAAUGACCUUUGGGAGGCAGAUUCAGACAUCACAUUCCGGGAACGGGCUCGGCAUAGGAUUGCCAGGUCUUAUCCAUCAAGAUGUUGCGAAGUCGUGUCGGGAGUACUUUCUGCAGAAUGGACCAUUUCACAGACAGAGUCCUUCAGAAGCUUGGAUGCAUCAGAUCUCUUUUACAUCAGCACAGGUCUCCUACGCCAUGUAUUCCACCACCGCACAUCAGUGGUAUCUCCUGACUAUCCCACAAUGCUCUUUAGUGCAUUUGAUAGAUGGGACUCUCUGUGGGCUCAUGCAUUCAAGCGAGUUCCCGUAGAGGAGCGAAGGUGGCUUGGUAUCGUUAGACAUUCUCCUGAAAUGAUUACGCUCUCCAGGAAAAUGACAGAACUCUGCAGUACCGAGGAAGCAAAGAACUCGGCUUAUCUACAGGGUGUUACUACCUAUGACACGGCUGUUUUUCACGAUUUUAUCCAGAAGUAUGGACACGACGGAAAUUCAACUUGA